AUGAAGUCCCCUACUCUGCUCAUGGCCGUUCUCUCGGCUGCCCUUUCUUGCAAUGCCUUGUCUGCAGCGCCAUCCGCGGAAAGCUCGCCCGAUGCCGAUACCCAAGCUAUUGCUGUGAAUGAAAUGAAUCGGCGAGCCGAUCUUCCUGGGGCUCAGAUGCCGUCUGACGUCUCCGAAUUUUUGUCUGAAUUUGCCUCUGAAUUUACGUCCUCCGUGGAUGCAGCGCAGGCUGCGUCUACUGAAUCUCCAGCCUUGUUCUCCUCUCCAGCUGCAGAAAUCGAGGCGCGGGACGAGUCCUCAAGCACCGUCUCGCUCGAUGCUUCUCCUACUCCUUUGGAGCCGCGAGCUGAGUUUCCUUGGCCUCGGGUCACGCCUAAUGUCUCCCAGUUUAUUGAGGAGGCUAAGUCGUCUGCGGAUGCUCUGUCCACCCUGACCCCUACUCCGACCAGCUCUUGA